GGGGAAGGUCUCACUGCCCAGCACCCCACCCUGUGCUCCCAGGCCUUUUGAAUGUUCCUCCUGCUCAGCCCAGUGACUGCGGGCUGUGGCUCCUCCUUCAGCCUCCCCUCGAAGUCCUGGUCUUACUUAGGAGGCCCCGGGUGUAGAUCCCGCCCCACCCACCAGGCAUUGCCCCUUUUCCUGGCUUCACAGACUCGGGAAUAAAGUUUCCUUCUGUUUCCCCUCUUGCAGAAGGAGAUCCGGUUGGCAGCUAAACCGCGCUGGGAACAGGGGCCUGAGUCCUGGACUAGGGCUCUUUCCCCGGGGCUGCUGCAGAUGGGGAGGAGCCUACACCCGCCUCCCGAUUGCUCACCUUGAUGAAAGGACUGUGCUAACCAGACCUGACAGGCUGGAGAAUGGCCAGUCAGCCUGAGGCCACCGCGGGACACCACCUAGGCCCAGCUUCUCCCCCCACCAGAGGGCGCCAGAGCCCGCCAAGCCUCGUAGGAGAUGGCAACAGGGCCUGCUGCUGCCACCUAGCGGCCAAUUCCAGGAAUGAAUCUCGGCACGCUCAUUACCCAGCGACUCUGCCCAUCUUGACCCUUUAUGUGAACCAGAACAGCCGCUUCCCCAAUGAGCUGUCAGAAGGCGUCGUGCCUGUCUUGCUAGUGGGGAAACUGAGGCUCAGAGAGGCAGAAGACUUGCCCAAGAUCACACCACCGGGACCCAGGAUUCAAGCGCAGGCCUGCCCAGGCUCUCUGUGGCCUCCUGGCUGCGAGGAGGCAGCCAGGGACCAGGUGCCACCCUUCUGAGACACCUGAGAUCCCAGGCCCGAGAGGAUUAAGGCGGGAUUACGUGGAGCGUGUCUGAAUGCUAGAGGAAGAAGGGCAGCUGGGAGAUGAAGCUGUCAGGAUGGGCCGCAUCCCAUUUCCUGCCUCGUUUCAGUUCAACUUUCCAACAGACCUCCCUGGCUCGUCUUGCUCUCCUCUAAUGGACAAACAAACAGGCUCAGAGAGGUGGUGUGACUUGCCCAAGGUCACUCAGCUUGGAUGCUGUGGAACAGGGACGUCCACUGUCCCAGUCUGUUUAUGGGAAGCCGCUCUGCAACUGUCCUGACCCACCACAUGCCCCACCGCUGUUUCUCUUGCCCUGACCCCUCGUUCCCUGGACCAGGGUGGCACAGCUCCAGGCUCUUGGGCCCUUCCCGAGGGCAGGCACCUGUGACUGUGUCCCCAAAGACCUGAGUGGCUGACGGGGCCCCACAGAGCUUGGGCUUCCUGGAGGACAAGGAGGGGUCUGCCAGCUAUCCCCACCACCCCCGCCCCAGGGCUCCCCUGGAGCUUCCAUGCCAGCUGGACUCAGGUGGGUCUGGAGGAGCACUGUGCCUCCAAUCAGACCUUGAGAUGUGCCCCCUGCCCCCACCAUGCCUUCUCCUGCCCAGGACUCUGGUUGCAAACCCUGAUUAAGGGGAUUUUAUCUCCACCAGGGGGCCAGUAGGUGGGAAGUAGCUUAAACAAUGCAGGUUUAUAAUCUCACAGUUCUGGAGGUCAAGAGUCUGAAAUGGGCCUCAUGGGGCUAAAACCAAGGUGUCUGCAGGGCUGUGUUCCUUCUGGAGGCUCCAGGGCAGGAAGGGGAGGAUCCACUUCUGUGCCUUUCCAGCUUCUAGAGGCUGCCUGCGUUCCUUGGCUCGUGGCCCCUUCCUCCACCUUCAAGCCAGCAGCGGAGGCCUGAGUCCUUCUCAUGCCGUCUCUUUGUUCUCUCUCCUGCCUCCUCCUCCACACUGAAGGACCCCUGUGAUCACACUGGCCCCCCCACCGGAUGACCCAGGAUAAUCCAUCUCCCUGUUUGAAGGUCAGCUGAUUAGCAACCUUCAUUCCAUCUGCCUCCUUCAUUCCCCCUGGCCAUGUAAUGGGAUUCACAGCUUCUGGGGAUUAGGGCAUGGACAUCUUGUGGCGGGGGCAUAAUUCUGUCGACGACACCAAGAAACACUUGGAUGUUAAGGAUUCACCGAACACUGUUCAGGCUCCAGGUGCUGGGAGCAGCAGUGAACAAAGCCAACAGACACCGCCACCCUCAAGGAGUUCACGUUCAUGGGCGAGGGAACAGAUGAGAAACCCGGCAAUGAAAGUAAGUAGUGUAAUUGACUUGAAAAGUGCCGGGGAGAAAGAGAAGACGGAUGGAGAAUGACACCUGGCCCCUUCUCUAUUUCUUUAUUUGUUUCACUCUUGUUGCCCAGGCUGGAGUGCAAUUGCGCAAUCUCAGCUCACUGCGACCUCUGCCUCCCAGCUUCAAGUGAUUCUGCUGCCUCAGCCUCCCGAGUAGCUUGGAUUACAGGCGUGCACGCCCAGCUAAUUUUUUUUUUUUUUUUUAGUAGAGACGGGGUUUCACCAUGUUGGCCAGGCUGGUCUCAAACUCCUGACCUCAGGUGAUCCACCUGCAUCGGCCUCCCAAAGUGCUGGGAUUACAGGCAUGAGCCACUGCGCCCAGCCCCCCUUCUCUAUUUCUAAGGUGACCCAGAUUCCUUUACUGCUUUCUGGCAAAUCCACCUCUGGCCGGGCAGUAGGCCGGCGACGCAGGGCUUGAAGGCUAUAAUGGGGACUUUUGUCUAAUGGUGAGAAAGGAAACACUGGAAGGUUUUUGCUUCCCUUUUUAAAAAAUUCAGGUAUGGCCGGGCACGGUGGCUCACACCUGUAAUCCCAGCACUUUGGGAGGCCAAGGUAGGUUGAUCACCUGCGGUGAAGAGUUCAAGACCAGCCUGGCCAACAUGGUGAAACCCCAUCUGUACUAAAAAUACAAAAAUUAGCUGGGCAUGGUGGCAGACACCUGUAAUCCCAGCUACUCAGGAGGCUGAGGCAGGAGAAUUGCUUGAACCUGGGAGGCAGAGGUUGCAGUGAGCCGAGAUCAUACCAUUGCACUCCAGCCUGGGCAACAAGAGUGAACCUCCAUCACAAAAAACAAACAACAAAAAAAUCAGGUAUAAUUACAUACAGUGAAAUAUAUGGUGACUCAAGUACACAGUUCAGUGUUUUUUUUGUUUUUGUUUUUGUUUUUUUUGAGAUGGACUCUUGCUCUGUCGCCCAGGCUGGAGUUCAGUGGCGCGAUCUUGGCUCACUGCAACCUCUGUCUUCCAGGUUCAAGCAAUUCUGCCUCAGCCUCCCAAGUAGCUGGGACUACAAGUGCAUGCCACCAUGCCUGGCUAAUUUUUGUAUUUUUAAUAGAGAUGGGGUUUCUUUUUCUUUUCUUUUUUUUUUUUUUUUUUUUUUUGAGAUAGGGUCUCACUCUGUCACCCAGGCUGGAGUGCAGUGUCACAAUCUCGGCUCACUGCAACCUCUGCCUCUCGGGUUCAAGCGAUUCUUCUGCCUCAGCCUCCUGAGUAGCUGGUAGCUGGGACUAUAGGCACGUGCCACCACACCCAGUUAAUUUUUUGUAUUUUUAGUAGAGAUGGGGUUUCACCGUGUUAGCCAGGAUGAUCUCAAUCUCUUGACCUCGUGAUCUGCCCGUUUUGGUCUCCCAAAGUGAUGGGAUUACAGGCGUGAGCCACCGCGCCAGGCUGAGUUGGGGUUUCACCAUUUUGGCCAGGCUGGUCUGGAACUCCUGACCUCAGGUGAUCCGCCUGCCUUGGCCUCCCAAAGUGCUGGGAUUACAGACGUGAGCCACCGUGCCCGGCCAGUUCUAUGAGUUUUGAUGAAUGUGUCCUGCUUCUUCCCAGGCUCCACCAUCUCUUCCCCUAAAGGCAACCACCAUUCUGAUUUCUCUCACCAAAGACUGGAAAAAUAUCCCAAUACCUGGAUGUAUGCCUCACGUGUCCCGUUGGCCCCAGCACCCAGGUAUAGUUAGUUACUGCUGUGCCUGGCUUCACUCUCACUUUUUUUUUUUUCUUUUUUUGAGACA